AUGACUUCACCGUUCUGCCUGGGUUUCCUUUAUGAUCCCGGGAUCUCCCACUUCCCUCAGCAGACAGCAGCCAGCAACACAGGCGAACACAGCUCUCUCUCUCACACACACACACACGUUGACUCUGCCUGCAGCUGCAAAACAUCCAGAGACCACAGAGAGACCACAACAACAGCCGGACCUUAGACGCUGGUGUCCCCUCAUCUACACCGAGUUACAUUCAGAAAGGAUCCAGCAGGACAAACACACCGUCCUCUGCAGCUUGCACCAACAAAGGAAUCUAAAGCUUUAUUGAAAAUAUAAAGCCACUGGGGAAGACUUUCAUCUACUUUUUAUUUACUCUGGUGAUCCUUCUUGAGUCGUGCCACAAUGUCCGAGGUGCUGCCAUACAACGAGGGGAAAAUGAGCGGCUACGGGGCGGACAGCGAGGUCAGUCAGAUGUCCUUUAGCUGCGGACUGCAGGACACGAGCGCCUUUUUCGCUGGGUCGCAGGCGAAAAGACCCCCAAAGCUUGGACAGAUCGGAAGAGCCAAGCGAGUGGUCAUCGAGGAUGACCGAAUAGACGAGGUCCUGAAGGGGAUGUCAGACAAGUCUGAUCCCGGCGUUUAAACACGAGCGAGUCUUGCAGACUUUUUAUUUUUGAUCACCGAUUUGAAGCACUUGUCGGCUGUGCAUGUUCGAGGAUUGCAGGAGAAUAACGACGGCACGAAGCGAGGAUGGAGUGACUGACGAACGGCAAUGAAAAGAGCAGAACGGGGGGAAA